AUGUUACUGCAGAAACGUGUUGUUUGCAGCAGACGUGUUUUGCAGCAGACGUGUUGGUUGCUGCAACGUGUUGAUACAGCAAGGCGUGUUGCAGCGGACGUGUUUGUUGCAGCAGACAUGUUGUUACAGACGUGUUUUUGCGCAGACGUGUGUUGCAGCAAACAUGUUUGUUGCAGCAAGACGGUUGUUGCAAGCAUACGUAUUGUCGCAGCAGACCGUGUUGUCCGCAGCAGGCGUUUUGUUGCAGCGGACGUGUUGUUGCAGCGGACAGUGUUUUCCGCAGCAAGACGUUUGUCGCAGCAGACAUCAGGGUUGUUGCAGCUGACUUCGUGUUGUGGCUGCAGACGUGUUGUCCGCAGCAGGCGUGGUUGUUGUGCAGACUACUUGUGCAGCAGGCGUGUUGUUGGAGCAGGCGUGUUGUUGCAAGCAGCGUGUUGUGCUCGCAGCCGUGUUGACGCAGCCAACGUGUUGUCGCAGCAGACGUUUUUCGCAGCAACAGGGUUGUUGCCGCAGGCUGCUGUUUGCAGCCAGGAGUGUUGUUGCUGCAGUAAGUGUUUUGCAGCAGACGGGUGUUGCAAGCAGGACGGUUGUUGCAGCAGAGCCGUGUUGUGCUGCAGGACGUUGUUUUGUGCAGCAGCGUGUUGA